CCAAGUUCAAUUGGAAAUUGGACUAAUCGUUCGUUGUGUGUUCGUUCGUACUUUGUGCCAAGCUUUGUGCUUUCUCUGGAAACUUAAAGAUGUUUUUGUUUAAAAAGAAAUGUUUACGGACCGAUAUCGUGCUUCAAGAACGAAGGAGGCCCUGAGGCCUGGGCCAAAGACGGGGUUUUGGGCUUCCAAGUUCAAACGUGUUCCCAAAACCGACCAGAUCACCAGAGUCUCCCGUAAGUCGGUGGAGCUGCAGAACACUCACGGUUUCGACUCUGCAGAAAGGGAACAUUUUGAAAACAGCCCCCAAUCAGGAAUACAAACCCCUUCAUCAUCAGCCAGUCGGACAUCAUGGAGGCACCUUGCUCAAGACCAGCCAGUGCAUGAUUUUCAAUAAGCCCAACCGAUCGAAGUCGAAGGUGUGGUCGGCAGAUCCGUGCGUCUUCCGUGCAACGUCACGCCCGUCGGCCCCGACAGGGUCUACAUGGUCCUCUGGUUCAGGGACGAAUCGGGCAUCCCCAUUUACAGUUAUGACGUCCGUGGCAAGUCCCUAAGCGAAGCCAUCCACUGGUCGGCGCCUGAGGUUUUCGGCAGCCGCGCCAAAUUCCACAUCGUGGCUUCGCCCGCGCAGUUGUUGGUCGAGGAUUUGCGUGAACACGACGACGGCAUUUAUAGGUGCAGGGUCGACUUCAAGAACUCGCCGAGCAGAUCCUUCCGCUACAAACUCACUGUCACAGUGCCGCCGGAAAAACCGGUCAUCUUCGACGCCAAGAACCGACAACUCAACUACACUCUGGGUCCUUUGCGAGAGGGAGAAGACGUCAUCCUCACCUGCAGAGUCAAAGGAGGCCGGCCUGAGCCAACAGUUACAUGGCUAGUCGGUGGCAACCUGGUGGACGAGCAGAGUGAGAGCAGCAACGCUUAUGUUGUUGAAAACAAACUGGUGUGGCCCGCGGUGGCCAGACACGACCUGGGAUCAUCCUUCACGUGCAGAGCUGUCAACUCCAAACUGAUGGAGCCCCGAGACACCCAUCUCAAGCUUGAUCUUUAUUUGAAUCCGCUCACAGUGAGCAUGAGCAAAAAGCCGAAUCCGCUCAAGGCGGAACAAAAGUACGAGGUGUCGUGCACCUCCGCGGGCUCGAGGCCAGCAGCCGUCAUUACGUGGUACAAAGGCAAGAAGCAGCUUCUGCGGAGAGUGAAGGACGAGACGAGCAACAAUCUGACCCUCAGUGAAAUGGUCUUCACGCCAACAACAGACGACGAUGGCAAACACGUGACCUGCAGGGCGGAAAAUCCAAACGUGACCGGCGCCUAUAUGGAAGACACGUGGCGGAUUGAAGUAGUUUAUCCCCCUAUCUUGCUGCUGAAACUCGGAAGCACCCUGAACCCUGACGACAUCAAGGAGGGCGACGACGUCUACUUCGAGUGUCACGUUCGAGCAAACCCUCCGUGGCGGAAGCUGAAUUGGUUGCAUAACGGCCUGCUUUUGACUCACAACGCCUCGGCCAGGAUUAUCAGGAGCAACCAGAGUCUAGUUCUGCAGAAGGUGACCAGACAGAGUGCAGGAAAGUACUCGUGCGCGGCCAGCAACUCUGAGGGUGAAGGAGCGAGUAACGAACUCGACUUCAGAGUGAAGUAUGCGCCUGUUUGUCGGCAAGAAAAGAUUUUAGUUGUUGGCGCCUCCCGUGGUGAAACUCUGGACAUCAAGUGCGAGGUGGAAGCGGACCCGCCGGUGGUACAUUUCCGGUGGAAAUUCAACAAUUCUGGAGAGACGCUGGACGUAUCUCCAGAUCGUUUCUACUCGGACGGUCCUGCGUCCAGUGUGCUGAGGUACACGACCGCCUCGGAGCUUGAUUACGGCUCACUUUCGUGUUGGGCGGUCAACGCAGUUGGACAUCAAGUUGCGCCCUGUGUCUUCCAGGUUGUUGCUGCUGGGAAACCGUUUCCAGUGCGAAAUUGUACAUUUUUCAAUCAAACAACGUCGUCCGUGGAAGUGGCGUGCACAGCCGGCUUUGAUGGUGGCCUCCCGCAACACUUCGCUUUGGAGCUGGUGGCCGUCGGUGGCGGCCUUCGCUACAACAUAACCUCCGAUCAGCCCUUCUUCGUGCUGGCCGACCUCGACCCUGGGGUCACGUUCCAGCUGGCGGUGUACGCGGUCAACGCCAAGGGCCGCUCGCAACCCACGGUGCUUGACGAAAUCACAUUUCGAGACUCAGACAGACACACGGUGACUAGCGCAGCCAUUUCUUUGUCUCCAAUAGUAGGGGUCGGCACCGGAGUCGCGUUCACCCUAGUGGCCCUAUUUCUAUUGUUAGGCAUCAAGUCCCGGCGGGCGUGCUCGUCGCCCUCAAAUCAGCCUAUGACGGCAUCUCCACCAAAGAAACGUACAAACGGUGGGCAGCACCAGCCAAAAGAGCUUGACCUUUAUGAAGAGAAGGAUCCAGACUUAAUACCUGCCAAGUAUCUUGUAAUUGGUUCUCACCAUGAGACAGAGGUUGGUGUCAGCACUUCAAUAAAUAAUGGAAAUGUCCAGUUGCAAGACCAUCAACAGUUCAAACCAUGGCCAUCGAUUUCACCAAAAGUGAUGUCACCAGUGCUAUCCCCUUCCAUGUCUGCAACUCAACCGGUAGCUGGCAGUCCUUCGUGGAGCAGUGGUCCUGUUCGGCUGCCCUCACCAAGCAGUGCAGCGGCCCAAGCCCAGCAGCAGCAGCAACAGGGUCCAUCGACAGACCUCGAGCUGAAUGGGGUGUUUAUCAAGGAGAGACUGAUGGCCAACAGACUACCAGAGAGCUGCGUGUGAAGAAUUCUUCCUCUUUGACAUAUCUGUGUCCAGUGACUGCAUUUACCUCGGUUCUUCGACCAAGUGUGUUGGGAAAGACAUACGAAUUUAAAAAUAAAAAAUACUCUGCUAAGUUUGAAUACGUGCUACACAUCAUGAGUUCACUAGGCUAUAGAUUGCUAAUAGGAGAAGAGAUAUAUCACUUGGUUCAAUUUUGCUCAAGGGGAGGACAUAUCGAAUGGAGUGGCACUUGACGCAGGUUAUAUAGUGCGAUUGGAAUUAACACAUUUCAGCGCUAUUGUUUGAUCAAACAUGAAAAACGCUUUUUGUUUUACGGCGUAAAAAUUCCUUGUUUUAUUUCUAAUUAUAGAUAAUUUUUGUAUUGGAUUUUUAAAUCUUUUGUACUACAAUUUUUUACCAAUUUAUCAAACACGUACUGCAUCAAAAAAAGUUUGGAAAUUUUUUAAAGAAAUAUUUUAAAUUAUCGGCGCAUUUCAUUAAAGUUCUGUUAUUUACUUUGUAGCAUAGCUAUUAUGUGGAGCAAUCCGAGCAAACAAAUCAUCUAUAAAUAUAAAAAUACAGAAAAUUUGGAACUUAUAAAUGUCCCCUUCAAAAAUUCUGGCUUCUCUCUAUCAAAGAUUUUCUCUCCAUUCCUUCGUUUCAAUACUUUCCAUGCAGAAGGGAAUUCUUGUGUAAAAAUGUCAGAAAACCAAACUUUCACAAUCACCAAUUUCCCAACCAUAUCCCUAUGUAAAAAUAUCUACGGUGCAUAUCCUUGAAAUAUAUCUCUCUUUUUACUCAAACCCGAGAUUGUCCUGUCAUACGAUUUACACUGGAAAGCAUAAAAAUACUGUUUGUUAAUAUCUCAUCAAUGUGACUGACUGUAAUGAUAAAUUAUUAUAAUGUAACAAACAAUAAGAAUUCCAUACUAUGUGAAUAUAUGACGCAGAAAAGAAACAUAAUUAUUGUAAGGAGCUCUUGUGAUACAUUUUUGUCAUAAUUUUCAGCCUGGUUUUGGUUUACUGUUGAUUAAUAAUGAAGUUUAGAACUUUAGGGAGUACAAGGGUGUAAGAAGGAUCUAAUAGAAUAUGUACAACCGGUUAAUAAUUGAUCAUUGAUGAUUUUACAAGAAUGAAUGAAAAAUGUCUUCAUGUACAACAGAGAAAU